AUGACAGACUUGCUAAGAAAGCCAGUGAAGCUGGCACUUGUGCAGCUCGCCAGUGGCGCAGACAAGAAUCAUAACCUCGCCCACGCGCGGGAGAAAGUACUAUCCGCUGCGUCGAAAGGAGCUCAGAUUGUCGUCCUACCAGAAUGUUUUAAUUCGCCUUAUGGCUGCGAUUACUUCCCUUCCUACGCCGAAACCCUCCUUCCAUCCCCACCUACGAAAGAGCAAUCACCGUCCUUCCACGCCCUCUCUGCCAUGGCUGCUGAAUCAAGGGUGUAUCUUGUCGGUGGCUCCAUCCCAGAGCUUGAUACAGAGACCAAGAAGUACUACAACACAUCUUUGACCUUUUCGCCUGAAGGCAAGCUGCUAGCUACACAUCGAAAAGUGCAUUUGUUCGACAUCGACAUCCCAGGCAAGAUCACAUUCAGAGAAUCCGAGGUCCUGUCGCCGGGAAACCAAGUUACAAUCAUUGACCUGCCAGAAUAUGGAAAGAUAGCUAUUGCGAUAUGUUACGAUAUUCGCUUCCCUGAAUUAGCCAUGAUAGCAGCGAGGAGAGGAUGCUUUGCACUGAUAUAUCCUGGGGCUUUCAACACCACUACUGGUCCUUUACACUGGAAGCUGCAGGGUCAGGCGAGAGCUAUGGAUAACCAGGUGUAUGUUGCGCUCUGUAGUCCGGCAAGAGACAUGAGCGCAACUUACCAUGCUUGGGGUCACAGCUUGGUGUGUGAUCCUAUGGCGGCAGUUAUGGUUGAGGCUGAGGAGGCUGAGGAGACUGUCUUUGCGGAUUUGGAGAAUACGAAGAUCGUCGAGACGAGGAAGGGUAUUCCGAUUACUGGGCAACGGAGGUUCGAUGUGUAUCCAGAUGUCAGCAGUUGA